AUGGGGUUCGACGGUGUAUGGGUCGAGACGGAGCAUGGCGCAAUCGACUUCCGGGAGAUCCAAAACAUCACACGGUCGUGCGACUUGUGGGGAAUGACAUCGCUUAUUCGCGUCAAUCGGGUCGACUACGGACUGAUCUACCGGACGCUCGACCAGGGCGCUCAGGGAAUCAUCGUCCCCCAUGUCGAUACGGCGGAGCAGGCCCGGGAAGUAGUCCGCGCGGCGAGGUACGCGCCAAUCGGCGAGCGAGGGAUGUACGAGAGCCGGCAGGCAUACGGACUCGAUUCUCUGCAGUACUUCCGGUCCGCCAACCGUGAGACGCUCGUAGUCGUGAUGAUCGAGGACAUCCAGGCAAUCGAGAACCUGCCGGAGAUUCUCGCCGUUGACCACAUCGACGUGUUCUUCGUCGCGCCAAGCGACCUCGCCCAGAGCAUGGGACUGAUCGGCCAGAUCGACCAUCCUAGGGUCAAGCAGACAAUCUCCGAUGCCGUAGCGCGCAUCUCAGCCGCCGGGCGCACGGCAGGUGCCAUCGCUUGGGCAUCGACGGCGGAGGAAGUGGUGGAGGCCGGAGCAAGAUUCCUGAUGACUAGCUGGCUCCCAUACUUAUCGGCGGGCGCGAAGACCUAUCUCGAGGCCGUGCAGCGAGCUGCCGGCAAGAGUGGAAACUCGUCCUGA